CAAUGGCUGAGGCGAUCCCUUUCCGCUCGGGACUACAGUUCUCCUCCCGCCCGCCCUGCUGACGAGUGCUAUUCCCCGCCCUUUGGUCCGCCCGCUGCUUCAGGAUUCCCCCCCGAGAUCAACAGCUAUGGCUCCAUCAACUCCGGGCCCAGUCCAGAUUGUUAUAGUAAAGAAGGAUGAUCAUUCAUUUCAGUUGGAUGAAGAGGCUUUGGCUUCUGUUCUUCUUCAGGACCACAUUCGAGAUCUGGAUGUAGUUGUUGUAUCCGUGGCUGGUGCUUUUCGUAAAGGAAAGUUGCUAAUUUGCCUACAAACGUCAGGUGGUCAUAAUAAUCUGGCCACUCAGAACUGGCUAGGAGAGGAUGAUGAACCUCUCACAGGAUUUUCUUGGAAAGGAGGAUCUGAGCCUGAUACCACUGGUAUUCAAAUCUGGAAUGAAGUUUUUACCAUGAUGAAACCGGAUGGGAAAGAGGUUGCUGUUAUCAUAAUGGACACCCAGGGAGCAUUUGAUAGUCAGUCCACAGUUAAGGAUUGUGCCACUAUUUUUGCUCUCAGCACCAUGACAAGCUCCAUUCAGAUCUACAAUUUAUCCCAAAAUAUACAAGAGGAUGAUCUACAACAGCUGCAGCUUUUUACGGAAUAUGGACGACUGGCUAUGGAUGAGAUCUUCUUGAAGCCCUUUCAAACCCUGAUGUUUUUGGUUAGAGAUUGGAGCUUUCCUUAUGAAUAUCCCUAUGGAGCAGAAGGUGGUGCAAAGUUUCUGGAGAAGAGGUUGCGGGUAAAAGAACAUCAACAUGAAGAGAUCCAGAAUGUACGCAAACACAUUCACUCCUGCUUCACCAAUGUCAGCAGCUUCCUUCUUCCACAUCCCGGGCUCAAAGUGGCAACCAGUCCUCAGUUUGAUGGCCGCCUGAAAGACAUUGCUCCUGAGUUUAUAGAGCAGCUGAGUGCCCUGGUGCCACUCGUCCUUGAACCUAGAAGCCUUAUGGAGAAAGAGAUAAAUGGCGCAAAGGUGACUUGCCGAGGCCUGCUUGAAUAUUUCAAGGCUUACAUAAAAAUAUACCAAGGAGAAGAUUUACCACAUCCCAAAUCUAUGCUGCAGGCAACUGCUGAGGCCAAUAACCUGACAGCUGUGGCUUCUGCCAAAGACUUGUACAACAGCAGCAUGGAGAAGAUUUGUGGUGGUGAAAAGCCUUACGUGUCACCAGAUGUCCUGCGAGAUAGAGAUGCUGCCUGCAGAGACGAGGCCCUGACUCAGUUUGACCGUGCCAAGAAGAUGGGAGGAGUGGAGUUCAGCCGGCAAUACAGAGAAGAGUUGGAGAAGGACCUUGAUGGGGUGUACACUGCUUUCUGCAAGCAUAAUGAGAGCAAGAAUAUCUUCACAGCCUUCCGUACUCCAGCUGUACUUCUAGCCCUGGUGGCUGCACUAUACACGGUUUCUGGUAUCACAGGAUUCGUGGGUUUAGACAUAGUGGCCCAACUGUUUAACUGUGCAAUGGGGCUACUGCUCAUUGCACUCCUUACGUGGGGCUACAUCAAAUACUCUGGACAGUACAGAGACCUUGGCAAAGUUAUUGAUUCCAGUGCGGAUUAUGUUCUUGAACAGGCUACAAACCGUAUGGGUAACUCUACCCGCCGUGCCACAGAAUCUGCCAUCGGUGCCCCACCUGAGAGGAAAAAGCAGAAGUAACAGCACAGUGAACUGCACCCAGCACAAGCCACCGUCUUAAACCACAGCGAUUCCAGAAAUGCCACCUAUUUGUACACAAUAUCAGACUCUACUCUUUCCAAACCAAGAUUGCACCAACCUUACACAUUUCCAUUGCCAUAUUAAGUGGACCAGCUGCAUCUUGUCAUUGGCAUAGUGCGCCAUGAUGUCUGGUCUGUAUUACAUGUUCUGCACUUUAAAUCCACAGCUACUCUAAAAGCUGUUUUUGCCUUCACAGGAAAACAAAAGUAUUUUUAUAGGCAGAGUCAAAGCAACAAAUACAUGUCUUUUUUACUUUAAGAAAUUGUAUUAUUGGGGAUUUACGUCUAACGUGGCUUAAUUUUGUCAAUGUAUCAGUGUAAACUUGUAAAAGAGAAGUAACCCUGAGUCUGUGGUGUUACUAUUGUACUUUAAAGCAGAACUACAGUCUGAUUAGAACCUCCUACUACCCUGCCCACCCCAUCCACUUAAAGU